GGAUAUACAGCUGUUGAUCAUGUUCUCACACAAUCCCCAUUCCCUCCUUGUUUUAGUCAACGUACUGAUAAACUGUACUUAAACUUCCUCACUAUGUAGAAGGCAUGUUGUCAGAAGCUCAUGUUCAAAUAGUCAAAUAGGGAAGGCAUACUUCUGGCUCUCUGUUUCUCUAUGUCAGUUGAUUCAUUCUAUUGAAGGAGUAGCAAUCUUUUAACAGCCAUGUGGAUUGUUCCCACUUGGUUUUGAUGACAUUGACUGAUGAUUGCCAGGGAACACACUGUAAUACAUUGUAGAUUAGUGUGUGUGUGUUUGGAUAGUGUGGGCAGGGUUAAGUUUUGUCUAAGCAUCUCCCUUCAAGCAGCCAGCUCCUGACCUCAUUCAAACUGCGGCUCUCAACACAGACAGACGUACAACAUGGGCGGAGACACACCAGACCCUGUGGACGCCGACUUCAACUACGACUAUUAUUUAAUUCGAAAAGGAGGACUCAUCUUCGCUGGCGUGCUCUUUUUGGUGGGAAUUGCUAUCCUUUUCAGUAAGAAGCUGAACUGUGGGGCAAAUCGGAAAGCAAAGCCUGCGAGCACUGAGAAAUGAGUCACAACGACAGAUCAGCGGACACCCUUCUACUACCCAGAGGUUGGACAGCGAGGAAUGGAUGCUCGAAUUAGCAUAGGUUUGCUGUACAUGUUACAUAAAAACAACCAUAACAACUUCGUGACAUAGCCUGGUCUGUCGUCGUGUGAAGUAGGAUGCCCUUGCUCACCACUGUAACGAUGUAGUUAGAAGGCAAACGGAGAAUCCGUGUCUAGAAUGUGGCUGUUCAGUUUGUGACCUGACUCCUGUUAAUAAAACUGUUGUUCUAUACGUGUG